GCCCGCGACACUCAUCCAUCACCCCCACCCCAAGCGUGCAGCUCGAGCUCCCGCAGGCCGACGCGAGUAGAGGGUCGCCGGGCCAGGACCCAGAGGGCCGCUCGGUGGGGGGAAACUGAGGCCAGAAGAGGGCGGAGAGCGCAGCGGACCCCCGCGGGCUGGGAGCGUCCAUGCAGUCGUGUGCCAAGGCAUGGGGUCUGCGCCUGGGCCGCGGCGUCGGGGGCGGCCGCCGCCUGGCUCGGGGCGCGGGCUCGAGUUGGGCUCCACCGUGCCGGGACCGCAGCAGCGGCGGCGGCGGCGGCGGCGGGGACAGCGACACGGCCGGGGCCUCGCGCCUUCUCGAGCGCCUCCUGCCCCGCCACGACGACUUCGCUCAGAGACACAUCGGACCCCGGGACAAAGACCAGAAGGAGAUGCUACAGGCCCUGGGGCUGGCGAGCAUGGAUGAACUCGUCGAGAAGACAGUCCCCGCCAGCAUCCGCUUGAAGAGACCUUUGAAAAUGGAAGACCCUGUUUGUGAAAAUGAAAUCCUUGCAACUCUCCAUGCUAUUUCAAGCCAAAACCAGAUCUGGAGAUCGUAUAUCGGCAUGGGCUAUUAUAACUGCUCAGUGCCACAAACCAUUUUGCGGAACUUGCUGGAGAAUUCAGGAUGGAUCACCCAGUAUACUCCUUACCAGCCAGAGGUGUCUCAAGGGAGGUUGGAGAGCUUACUUAACUACCAGACCAUGGUGUGUGACAUCACAGGCCUGGACAUGGCCAACGCAUCCCUGCUGGAUGAGGCCACUGCAGCUGCAGAGGCCAUGCAGCUGUGCCACAGACACAACAAGAGGAAGAAGUUUUUUGUUGACCCUCGUUGCCACCCACAGACAAUAGCUGUUGUCCAGACUCGAGCCAAAUAUAGGGGAGUCCUUGUUGAGCUGAAGUUACCCCAUGAAAUGGACUUCAGUGGAAAAGACGUGAGUGGAGUGUUAUUCCAGUACCCCGACACUGAGGGGAAGGUGGAAGACUUCACAGAGCUCGUGGAAAGAGCGCACGAGGCUGGGAGCCUGACCUGCUGUGCUACUGACCUUUUGGCUCUGUGUAUCUUGAAGCCCCCUGGAGAGUUUGGGGUGGACAUUGCCCUGGGUAGCUCACAGCGGUUUGGAGUGCCACUGGGCUAUGGGGGACCACAUGCAGCCUUUUUUGCUGUCAGAGAAAACUUGGUGAGGAUGAUACCUGGAAGGAUGGUGGGGGUCACCAGAGAUGCCACUGGGAAAGAAGUAUAUCGACUUGCUCUUCAAACCAGGGAGCAACACAUCCGAAGGGACAAAGCCACCAGCAACAUCUGUACAGCCCAGGCCCUCCUGGCAAAUAUGGCUGCCAUGUUUGCCAUCUACCAUGGAUCCCACGGGUUGGAGCAUAUUGCUAGAAGGGUACACAAUGCCACUUUGAUUUUGUCUGAAGGUCUCAGGCGAGCAGGGCAUCAACUCCAGCAUGACUUAUUUUUUGACACCCUGAAGGUUCAGUGCGGCUGCUCAGUGAAAGAAGUUUUGGCCAGGGCUGCUCAGCGGCAAAUCAAUUUUCGGUUAUUUGAAGAUGGCACACUUGGUAUUUCCUUGGAUGAAACAGUCAAUGAAAAAGAUCUAGAUGAUUUGUUGUGGAUCUUCGGUUGUGAGUCAUCCGCAGAAUUGGUGGCUGAAAGCAUGGGAGAAGAGAGAAGAGGUAUUCUGGGGUCUACAUUCAAGAGAACCAGCCAGUUUCUCACACAUCAGGUGUUCAACAGCUAUCAUUCAGAAACAAAUAUUGUCCGCUACAUGAAGAAACUAGAAAACAAAGACAUUUCCCUUGUUCACAGCAUGAUUCCACUGGGAUCCUGCACCAUGAAGCUCAACAGCGCCUCUGAACUGACACCCAUCACGUGGAAAGAAUUCGCAAACAUCCACCCCUUUGUGCCUCUGGACCAAGCCCAGGGAUACCAACAGCUUUUUCGAGAGCUUGAGAAAGAUUUAUGUGAACUCACAGGUUAUGACCGGAUCUCUUUCCAGCCUAACAGCGGAGCCCAGGGAGAAUAUGCUGGACUGGCCACUAUCCGAGCCUACUUAGACCAGAAAGGAGAGAGGCAGAGAACGGUUUGCCUCAUUCCGAAAUCAGCACAUGGAACCAAUCCUGCUAGUGCUCACAUGGCAGGCAUGAAGAUUCAGCCUGUGGAGGUGGAUAAAUAUGGGAAUAUUGAUACGGCUCACCUCAGUGCCAUGGUGGAUAAACACAAGGAGAACCUGGCAGCCAUCAUGAUCACAUACCCAUCCACCAAUGGAGUGUUUGAAGAGAACAUCGGAGAUGUGUGCUCCCUUAUCCACCAACACGGAGGACAGGUUUACCUUGAUGGGGCAAAUAUGAAUGCUCAGGUGGGACUCUGUCGUCCUGGAGACUUUGGGUCUGAUGUCUCGCACUUAAAUCUUCACAAGACCUUCUGUAUCCCCCACGGAGGAGGUGGUCCUGGCAUGGGUCCCAUUGGAGUGAAGAAGCAUCUUGCUCCCUUUCUGCCCAGUCACCCCAUUGUUUCAAUGAAGUCAGAUGAGACUACGUGGCCUGUUGGGACCAUUAGUGCAGCCCCAUGGGGCUCCAGUUCCAUCUUGCCCAUUUCAUGGGCCUACAUUAAGAUGAUGGGAGGCAAGGGCCUUAAACAGGCCACGGAAAUGGCUAUAUUAAAUGCCAACUACAUGGCCAAGCGAUUAGAAAAACACUAUAGAGUCCUUUUUAGGGGUGCAAGAGGUUAUGUGGCUCAUGAGUUUAUUUUGGACUUAAGGCCCUUCAAAAAGUCUGCAAAUAUUGAGGCAGUGGAUGUAGCCAAGAGACUCCAGGAUUACGGGUUUCAUGCUCCCACAAUGUCCUGGCCUGUGGCAGGGACUCUUAUGAUUGAGCCCACUGAGUCAGAGGACAAGGCAGAACUGGACAGAUUCUGUGAUGCCAUGAUCAACAUUCGGCAGGAAAUUGCUGACGUCGAGGAGGGCCGCAUUGACCCUAGGGUCAAUCCGCUGAAGAUGUCUCCACACUCCUUGACCUGCGUCACAUCCUCCCACUGGGACCGGCCAUAUUCCAGAGAGGUGGCAGCAUUCCCACUUCCCUUUGUGAAACCAGAGAACAAAUUCUGGCCCACCAUUGCUCGGAUUGAUGACAUAUAUGGAGAUCAGCACCUGGUUUGUACCUGCCCACCCAUGGAAGUUUAUGAAUCCCCAUUUUCUGAACAAAAAAGGGCUUCUUCUUAGACCUCCCUCCCCCUGCCCCUCUCGCUAAGUUCAGAGACUGAUUUGAUGCCAUCCACUGGAACAUUUGCUAUAAGCAAGAAAUACUUUGUCUCCCAAGCCUCAGUAGGGGUUUAUAUACUGUAUAUUUUUGUAAUCUCUGGUGAGGUAAAUGUAAAUAAAGGUAGCCUUAGUGCGUGGCAGCAAAUUGAUUGUCUUCCAUACUUUGCUUCCACAUGUACCAGGUGAUAUUCUAGUUGCCUUGAUUGGGAACCAUUUCAUUUUUUUGUGUAGGAAAGUAUGGAUGUGCUAGCAAUUUUAACUUUCAAAUGUGAGAAGUUUGCAAAUGUUAGCCUUACUAGAGAUUCAAUAGACAUCUUUUUGUUCCAAAUAAGUCCUUGUGGACUGGGCCAUCUGCAGGAAUUCCCAGGGCAAAUGUUUACAUUUUGUACACAUUGAGGGAACUCUCAUUCCUGACUAAUUUGCCUAAUCUGUAAUAGCAUUUUGGAGUAUUUUCCUCUUUCUUUGUGGGUGGUUUUUUUUUUUGUUUUUUGUUUUUUAUCUGCAUGUAUUAGUAUU